AUGGGUGACUGCCAGCUGAGGAUGAUGAUGAAGAGACACAGUCCUCUGGUGGAGAGGCUUAGUGCAGUUUCAGUGCAGGAUUCAAUCAGGAUCAGACUCAUCCUCCCCUUCAGCACCUCAGAAGAACUUCUGCAGAAACUUUCACAGUUUCUGGAUAUAAGCGACAUGACAGAGCCAGCAACAAUAACCAGACCACUGAUAUCCUCUAAGCGUCACAAGAGUGUUAGGAAGAGUACAAGAAGGAUUUAUUCCCCAUACAACGAUGAUAACGGAGCAUCUGAUGAUGAAGAUAAGGAUGGAGAGAGAGUGGACAGUAAUGAUCCGGAGGAGAUGUUCCAGAACAUUCAGCAACAGAAGGAGAUCAUUGCCAACAUCCGAAUCAAACCCUGGCCAAUUAGACGCAAACUGAAAGUGCUUAAGCAGGCUAAAGAGAUGGUCCUCAAGUAUGAAGGCAGAUUGACCAGGACACGAGGUUACCAGGCAGCCGGAGCAGACUUGCUGAAGAAGAUUUCAAGAGUUCUUUACAACAUUGUUGUUUUGUUCGUACCUUGGGAGAUGAGGAUUAAAAAGAUUGAAAGUUAG